UGCUCUAUAAUCACUUUGAACACAGCUGAUCACAGAUCAUGCCCCAUCAGUGCUUAUCAGUGUUGCCUAUCAAUGUCCAUCAGUGCUGCCCAUCAAUGCCACUUUUCAGUGCCCAUCAGUGCUGCCUAUCAGUACCUGUCAGUGCCCAUCAGUGCUGCCUAUCAGUGCCACCUAUCAGUGCCCAUCAGUGCCACCUAUCAGUACCUUUCAGUGCUGCCUAUCAGUGUCCAUUGGUGACACCUAUCAGUGCCACAUAUCAGUGCCAAUCAGUGCCGCCUAUCAGUGCCCAUCAGUGCAGUUUCAUC